CUACCAUGCUAACAGUGUCAACCAGAAGGCACGGGGCGUGAGAAAAUACAACAGACUGGCCAUUUCCAGUGCCAGCUACAAUCAAGAAUUGGCAUUUAAAUGGAAGCAGCCAGUUAGUCAUUGGCGUCUUUUCACGAAAGGCUACAUAAGAGACUGAUUACGGAAAACGGAAUAGGAGACACGCUUGGACUUUUUUAACCAAAGAGCUAGCAGGCGAUUAACCAUACAAGUUGUAGCUACUUAAACGAGGAAGUUGGUUACCUUGUUGACUUUGUUUGCUAGUCUCUUAGCUAGUUAGCUUGCUACCACGCCAUAUAAACAGAAUUCACGGACAGUUCUGUUCUCUGUUAAGUGCUGAACACCGGUGUCAUCACUGAGCGGCGACCUCUGUUUUCCCCUUCGUGUGCGAGGGGAUUAGAAUGGAAACACCCUUCUAUCAUGAUGAUGUGUUGAAUACUAUUGGCGGAAUCACGAGCGUUUACUCUUACGACAACAUGAUGAAGAAGGAUAUGAGUUUAAACCUGAAUGACGCGAGCUCCAGCCUGAAGCCGCAUCUUAGAGACGCCGAGGGCAUCCUCAACUCUCCGGACCUCGGGCUACUGAAGCUGGCUUCACCUGAACUGGAGCGGCUGAUUAUCCAGACCAAUGGCAUGGUCACAACUACACCAACCUCUCAGUUCCUUUUCCAGAAGUCUUUGAGUGACGAGCAGGAGUUCGCCGAAGGUUUCGUCAAGGCUCUGGAAGAUCUCCACAAACAGAAUCAGCUCAACGGUGGAGCGUGUGUGCAGACGAGCAGCCUGGAUCUGACUACCAACGCUGCUCCCGUCACUGUGCACCCAGAUCUACCCGUAUACACAAACCUGAACAGCUACGGCAGCGGCCCAUUGGGGACCACAGUCAAUUACUCCACGGACACUGUCCCCUUUCCGCCACCUCCCUCCCAUCAUUUGGGGGGCACGCAGCAGGAGACGCACUCGCGGCUGCAAUCCUUAAAGGAUGAACCGCAAACUGUUCCUGACGUACAGAGCUUCGGAGACAGCCCGCCACUGUCUCCCAUCAACAUUGAUACGCAAGAACGUAUUAAGGCGGAGAGGAAAAAGCUGCGGAACAGAAUUGCCGCAUCCAAAUGCCGAAAGAGGAAACUGGAGAGAAUUUCCAGGCUGGAAGACAAAGUCAAAACCCUGAAGACGCAAAAUACUGACCUGGCUUCCACGGCGAGUCUGCUGAGAGAGCAGGUAGCCCAGCUGAAACAGAAGGUCAUGAAUCAUGUGAACAGCGGGUGCCAGUUACUACCGCAUCAAGUCCAAGCCUAUUAGGAGGAGGUGACUUUCCGUACAUACGCUCAGAGACAGUUUACUUAUUGAUUAUUCGAAGGACUUGGAAAUUGAAGACACUACCAAGUGACACAGUCGUGUACAUAUUAGUGAGACGUGUCUACAGAUUCUUUUAUACAUGUGAACAAGACUUCGUUACAACGUGAAAGAAGACUGAAGCAUCGUUUUGUACACUGUUGAAUAUCAGCCUUAUUGAAGAACUGAACUAAUUAGAAAAAAUGCAUGUUUGAGACAAACUCGAUGAAUGCUACUAAAUCGCAGGGUGUCAUUGAGCGCAUGCCCUUAAUGUUUAUUACGCCUUAAAUGUUUACAAGCUGUUAUGACCAGAUGAAAAAUGUAUAUUUUAUAUAAAAUGACCUGCAGUGUCUUAUUUCAAAUGUGAAGCCGUUAUAUGUUUGUCAUAAGCUUUUUUGUUUUGUUUAUUUAUGUUGCACUGUGUUGUCUUUUCAUAUUCCAGAUAUAUAUUUUUACUUGGAUAUUGUGUCCAAAAAGUGUUAUCUAAUAAA